AUGAAAAUUGACCAGAAUGCCCUCUACAAAACGACAUUGUUUUGUGAAACACCAAAACCAAAAUUUCCCUCUACAAAACGAUGCCGUUUUCGUACAAAACAUCAUGGCCCUGUCAGGGAGCAGGUUGUCGGGGAAGACGGCAUCAAUCGGUUGGCGGCGAGCGGGUCGUCCUUGACGGAGAUGGAUCGCGCGAUGAAUGCCAGCGCAGAUAGAAAUUUUCGAGGCGGGUCGUGUAUCGAAGGAAUUUUGUCCAGGCCACCAAUUCGCUCUUUUGGGAAGAAUUCAAUGGCUUCUCAUCCUCCAAAGAGUAAUGAUGAUGCAGAGGGCAAGUUGGGAUCCAGAUGUCUUUAUGUCAUUGUCGGUAUGGAUGGUGCUCCAUAUCAGAGGAAGAUUGAUCUCAAAACCUAUGGCAGCGAUAUGAAACUCUCUUCAGCAUUGGAAAAGAUGUUCAGCUGCUUUACAAUUGGUAAUCUAUCUUUGCAAAGGUUCAUGUGA